GACAUCAUUUACCUCAGCAAUAUGUGGAGCCUCUGUAAGGUCUUCAUUACUUUGUGCCUGGCGGAUUUUGGGUUAUCUAAAAGCAUCACACCAGAAGUCCACUUGAAAGAUCCAAGAGGAUCGCGGCCCACUUUCCACCCGGGCUUCCCUGAGAACACCACUGUAUUAGUCGGAGAACAGGCGAAGCUGGUAUGCAAAGUCUAUCGGCCAGCCACGACACGUCUUCAGUGGUUUAAGAAGGACAGCGAUCGCCUGGGGCCUGACGGAUCACCACUUUUAAAGCCUCUUACUCCUAUUCAGGAGAACAUCUCUAAAGUCAACGUUCUACCUUUAGUGAAUGUCACAUUGAAGGAUGCAGGAGAGUAUAUAUGCAUGGCUGAGAACUCUGCUGGACGAACUACUGCCUCAGCCUGGGUGGAGGUCUUAACAAAACAUCCUCAUUCCAAAGACAAGUCAACAGUUCCCGAAACAGCAACAGACGUUUCUGAGGAACUCAGUGAGGAGUCAUCAGAACAGCUCAUCUUAGAACCUGGAGACGUCCUAAAACUGCGUUGUGACACAAACCGGCCUGGAGCUAUUCACUGGUUCAAAGAAGAUGUGCGAGUACAGCAUAGCGCUCGUAUCCAGAUCAGAGGGGGAGUCAUGGAGAUUACAGAUGUGACUUAUGAGGACUCGGGGGUGUAUGUCUGCAUGCUCCGUGGCACCAGAGAGGCUCUGCGGAACUUCACCAUCACUGUGACAGAUUCAUUGGGAUCAGGGGAUGAUGCAGAGGAUGACGGUUUAGAGGACUCUGUUUCUGAGUUGGAAAAUGACCAGGUCUACUUCUCUAAAGGACCAUACUGGACACACAUUCAACGGAUGCAGAAAAAGCUCCAUGCUGUCCCAGCCGGAAACACUGUCAAAUUUCGCUGUCCCGCUACAGGAAGCCCUCUACCUACAAUCCGUUGGCUAAAGAAUGGCAGAGAAUUCAGAGGAGAGCAUAGGAUUGGAGGGAUCAAACUGCGACAUCAACACUGGAGCCUGGUCAUGGAGAGUGUGGUGCCCUCAGACCGUGGGAACUACACUUGUGUGGUGGAGAACAAACACGGCUCCAUCACUCAUAGCUACCUCCUCGAUGUGCUGGAGCGCUCACCUCACAGGCCGAUCCUGCAAGCUGGUCUUCCAUCCAACACUACAGCAGUGGUUGGAGGGGAUGCCCAGUUCCAUUGUAAGGUCUACAGCGAUGCACAGCCUCACAUCCAAUGGCUAAAACACAUUGAGAUGAAUGGCAGCCGUUACGGACCUGAUGGUGUACCUUACGUCAAGGUUGUCAAGACGGGCAGCUUGAACAUGUCUGAAGUAGAGGUCCUAUAUCUGACAAAUAUCACAAUGGAGGAUGCUGGCGAGUACACCUGCUUGGCUGGCAACUCUAUUGGAUACUCCUUCCAGUCUGCAUGGCUUACUGUCCUUUCCGAGGAAGAAGUGACCAAAGAAAUGGACCUUAUGGAGACCAAGUAUACAGACAUAAUCAUCUACGCUUCUGGAUUCCUGGCAUUAGUGAUGGCCAUCGUGAUUGUGGUCUUGUGCCGAAUGCAAGCUCACCCCAGUCGGGAACACUUUGAUGCCCUGCCUGUCCAAAAGCUUUCCAAAUUUCCUCUCCGUAGACAGUACUCUGUGGAGUCCAACUCCUCCGGGAAGUCCAGUGCCUCUCUAAUGAGGGUGGCCCGUCUUUCCUCGAGCUGCUCUCCGAUGUUGGCGGGAGUCAUGGAGUUUGAGCUUCCUUAUGAUCCUGAUUGGGAAUUCCCGAGAGAGAAUUUAACUUUAGGAAAGCCUCUCGGAGAGGGUUGUUUCGGUCAGGUGGUUAGAGCAGAGGCUUAUGGUAUUAACAAGGAUAAUCCAGACCAAGUGACCACUGUGGCAGUCAAAAUGCUGAAAGAUGAUGCAACUGACAAAGACUUGGCUGACCUUAUUUCUGAAAUGGAGCUUAUGAAGGGCAUGGACAAGCACAAGAACAUCAUAAAUCUUCUUGGCGUUUGCACUCAGGAUGGUCCACUUUAUGUCCUGGUUGAGUUUGCAUCCAAAGGCAGUUUGCGAGAAUACCUCCGAGCCCGUCGUCCACCCGGCAUGGAUUACACCUUUGACGUAACCAAGGUUCCAGAGGAGCAGCUUACAUUCAAGGACCUGCUCUCCAGUGCCUACCAAGUGGCACGAGGCAUGGAGUACCUGGCAUCGAAAAGGUGUAUCCACAGAGAUUUAGCAGCAAGAAAUGUUCUCGUCACAGAGGACAACGUAAUGAAAAUCGCAGACUUUGGUUUGGCCAGAGGAGUGCAUCAAAUUGAUUACUACAAGAAAACCACCAAUGGACGUUUGCCAGUGAAAUGGAUGGCACCAGAGGCAUUGUUUGACAGAGUCUACACACACCAGAGCGAUGUUUGGUCUUUUGGAGUUUUGAUGUGGGAGAUUUUCACACUGGGAGGAUCACCGUACCCUGGAAUCCCAGUCGAAGAGCUGUUCAAGUUGUUAAAGGAAGGCCAUCGGAUGGACAAACCCUCCAACUGCACUCACGAACUCUACAUGAAGAUGAGGGAAUGUUGGCAUGCAGUGCCGACGCAAAGGCCAACAUUCAAGCAGCUGGUGGAGGAACUGGACAGAGUGCUGCUAUCCAUUUCAGAUGAGUACUUGGACCUGUCUACCCCAUUUGAACAGUACUCCCCAUCGUGUGAAGACACUUCCAGCUCUUGCUCUUCAGACAACGAUUCCGUGUUCACCCAUGAUGCCUUAUCGACUGACCCAUGUCUGCUCGGUUAUCACGACGUGCGCUCUCAGAUAGACAUGAAGACGACGCUACGAUAAAUACACCAGCAAAGGACUUCACUUCAUGGAUAUCAGUGUUUGAAUCACAUGAGCAGCGGUACAAAGUAAAAAUACAUAAGGAGUGGACUUCGACCUUCAAUUGCUCAGCACAAGGACAUUAUAAUUAUGCUUGGCACUAUAAAAGCUGGUGAUAAAAGACAGCUGGUUGAAACUAUUCGGUUGCUUAUAAGAAUACCUGGACUGCCU